GUGGCAGAUAAAAUUCGUCGAGAUGAGCGUGUAAGUGUUAUCGAGCGUACAAACUUGAGAUAUCUUUCUGAACUCCCGCAAAAGGUUGACUUAGUAACUUUGGACCUCUCUUUUAUUUCGAUACUUCUGGUGAUGCCUGCAGUUGUCAAUUUGAUGAAGGACGAAGCUACUUUAGUGACUCUGAUUAAACCUCAGUUUGAGGCUCGGAGAUCCCAAGUUGGAGGAGGUGGAAUUGUAAGGGAUCCCUUGGUCCACCAAGAGGUGAUCGAGAAGAUCUUAAAUGGGGUACAAAACCAUGGAUUCCAAUGCAAAGGUUGGAUUGAAUCUCCGUUGCAGGGAGCUGAAGGUAAUAAAGAGUUUCUAGCUUGCUUCAAUCGAGCAGUCAUCAGUGAAAAAGUCGAGAAACAUUAUGCCUAGCUAACAUUUGAAAUCAAUCAUGUAUAAGCAUUCAUCAGUUAGGAAGUUGACAAACAGUAAGCCUACGCAACAUUUGGGAUCAAACAUGCAUUGUAUGGAUAUGCUGGAUGCCUACCAAAAAUAUUUAAGAACACAACUUCUAGAGGGGUUGGAGUCUAAUCAAUUACGUGGAAGCAUAAUUUUGAAGUCGGAAGGCUAGAUAGUUUUAUGAGAGCCUUUUGAUUGUGGUCUUUUCUUCUUCUCUGUCUACGAACGAUGAACAUGUUGAAGUUUUAGCAAUGGCUAGCAUGACUACACUUGCAGACAAUCAAUUAAAACCAAAUUUCCAAUUGCCAUUUAA